GAACAGAGACACAGAAACGACACACAUUCACGAAAACUCUUCACAGGACACGAGAACAUUACAGAAACGUUCACACAGUUCUUCAGUUCUUCAGGAGUCAUGAGGUUGGUUCUAACCUUUGUCCUUGCUGUUCACUUGGUGUCACUGAGAUGUACAGCAGACCUAGCUCCAGGGUGUCAGCAACACUCUACCUGCACUGACUGUGUGAAGAGUCCAGGAUGUGCAUGGUGUAAGCAGGAGGGUUUCCUCAAUUCUGGAGAGUCAGACACAUAUAGAUGCGACUCUGCUGAGUCCCUGAGGAUAAGGAAUUGUCAGAGCGAAAAUGUGAUUAAUCCCAGGAAUGAUGCCAUCCUCAUGAAAGACAACGACUUGAACAGUGACCCCGGAAAUGUGGUGCAGCUCAAACCACAGAGCCUGAAAGUCCAACUCAGAAUCGGUGUGCCACAGGAAUUUAAGGUGGAGUUUAAGAGGGCUAAGGGUUAUCCCAUAGACUUGUACUACCUGAUGGACCUGAGCUACUCCAUGAAGGACGAUCUGGAGGAGAUUAAGAAACUUGGGCAGGAAAUUCUGAAGACACUGCAGAUCAUCACGCAGAGUGAAGUCACGCAGACUAAAAUCCGCAUCGGUUUUGGCUCAUUUGUUGACAAGGAUAAACUCCCAUACGUUACCCAGGUUAAGGCCAGGAGACGGAACCCCUGUCCCACUCGCACUGACACCUGCGAGCCCGCCUUCACCUUUCACAAUGUUCUGCCAUUGACUGAACAUCCCACAGAAUUUAAGAAAAAAGUCAGUGAGCAGAAGAUCUCUGGUAACCUGGACUCUCCUGAAGCUGGUUUAGAUGCGAUCAUGCAGGCUGCUGUGUGCCAGAAAAUUAUCGGAUGGGGGAAUGUGACUCGAAUUCUGGUCUACACUUCUGAUGACACCUUUCACAUGGCAGGAGAUGGUCGACUUGCUGGAAUAUUUAAGCCACAUGACGGAAAGUGUCAUCUUAAAGACGGUGUUUAUGAUGGCACAUUGUUUGAUUAUCCAUCAGUGGGCCAUCUCUCUCAAGUCCUUCAAGCUAAUAACAUUCAGCUGAUAUUUGCAGUGACAAAAAACACCGUUCCAGCCUAUGAGGCACUGAGUGCGUUAAUUCCUCAGUCGGUGGUUGGUGAGUUGGCGAAUGACUCGAGUAAUGUGGUCCAUCUGAUCUCCGAGGCUUAUGGGAACUUAUCUUCCACUUUGCUCUUGGAGCACAACGUUACUCUACCUGGUCUCCAAGUGUCCUACAAGUCUCACUGCAACGAUCAGGCGAGCGGAACCUGGCAGCACAGAGGAGAGUGUACCAGAAUCCGAAACGAGAAGGUUUCCUUCACUGUGCGUCUGAAUGCAACUGAAUGUCUGGCUGAUCCUAAAACAUUUGAGAUCCACCUGAAGGGCAUUAACGAAGUUCUGAAGGUUACCAUGGAAACACUGUGUGACUGUGAGUGUGGCGCUAAGGAGGAGAACUCACAACAGUGUGGAGGAAAAGGAACACUGGACUGUGGAGUCUGCAGGUGUAAUACAGGUUACAUAGGUCAGUAUUGUGAUUGUGAGAGUAACAAUCGCACAUCCUGUCGCCGUGACAACAGUACUAAGGAGUGCAGCGGUCGUGGUGUGUGUGAGUGUGGUCGGUGUAAGUGCAGUGGACAAUUCAGUGGGAAGAACUGCGAGUGUGACGAUACUGACUGUGAACGCUACAACAACAAGAUCUGCAACGGUAAAGGUAAAUGUGUCUGUGGGGAGUGUAAAUGCUCCCCUAACUACACGGGCUCAGCGUGUGAGUGUUCCACAGAGACAAGUAUGUGUCAGAAUAAAUCUGGAAAGUUUUGUAGCGGUCACGGAAACUGUAGCUGUAACCGCUGUGAGUGUAACAAAGGCUUCGGGGGAGACGCCUGCAAUGAGCUCACCAAUGCAUGCACAAAAUAUAAAGAUUGUAUGGCCUGUACACACGCCAGGGAGGGCUGCUCAGUGAGAUGUGGGGGAGUUCGGCUGGUCAAGUUGGAGGACUCUCGAAGCUUGGAGUGUAUACAUGAGAGCAUCAGCUAUGAAGUGAAGCUGGAUGAAAACGACAAUGUGGUGAUCAACUACGCUCAGCUACCACAUACUAUCGAUAAAACCAGUGUGAUCAUUGGCUCCAGCGUUUCAAGCAUCAUCUUCAUCGGCAUCCUCAUCAUCAUCAUCUAUAAAAUCCUGCUGGAGCUUUAUGACCGCCGGGAAUACCGCAACUUCCUCAAAGCUCAGGAGAACACCAAGUGGAAUGAGGAAAGCAAUCCUCUGUACAAGGGAGCCACGACUACAGUGUUAAACCCUCUGCACUUCCAGGACAAUUAAACACCAGCUUCAGAACCACACAGAGAACUGGAGAACAUCAGUGUACACUGUGUGUGUGUGUGCGCGCACAUUUGUAAACGGAGAGUUUUGCAUUGUUUUACACAUUACAAUGUUAUUAACAGUUUUAAUCGUUAUUAAAUAGUAUUAUUGUCUUGCAGAGGAGCACUGCAGGACUGUAGAGGAUAUUCAUUCCAUUACAUUCUGCUGAGCAAACUUAUUUAUAUCUGUGUUACACUGAAGAAAGUGUCAAUUAUUGAGAUGAGAUAUUUAAAUACAUCAGGUCCAGUAUCAAUGUUACAUGUUCUAUUACAUAAUUUAAAUACAAUAAUUUAAACACCCUUCAGAUAUUGAGAGGGAGAUAUUUUUGAAACUUCAUUUCUUUUUCUGCCAACUAACACUCUCAGACAUCCUCAGUGGUUCUUUGGAUAGUUAAACAGGUUCUUGCGAAUCUUGUCUGGAAUGGAGACACUGUUGUAAUGUUCUCCAUCAAACCUUUAAACCUUGUAAUGAAGAAAACCUUUACUGUUCUAGAUUUAACCUUAUUUUUGUGUAUAUCUGAUUUUAUAGAAAGUUUUCUUCUUUGAUGGAAAUGGAAAUAUAAUUCUUUUUAUAACUCUUUAGGGGCAGCACUGUGGUGUAGAGGGUGGCAUGGUGGUGUAGUGGUUAGCACUGUCGCCUCACAGCAAGAAGGUUCUGGGUUCAAACCCAGCGGCUGACGAGGGCCUUUCUGUGUUUGCAUGUUCUCCCUGUGUCUGUUGCCCCUUUUCCGCCAGGGCUGGUUCGGGGCCAGUCCUUAAUUUGGAACCGGGUUUUCUGUUUCCACUGACAAAGAACUGGUUCUGGGGCCAGAAAAACCGGUUCCAGGGUAGCACCAGCUCUUUGCUGGGCCAGAGGAAAGAACCGCUUACGUCAGCGGGGGGUGGAGUUGUUAAGACCAACAACAAUAGCAAGACCGCGAAAGGUCGCCAUUUUUAAAUAAGCGAUGAGAAAUCAUGGAUGCAGUAAAGCAGCAGUCAUCCAUUAUUAUUGUUGUUGUUGCUGCUGCUGCUUCUUCUUCUUCUCCGUGUUGUUGUUGCUUCGAUGUUCGCGCCAAGGUUUAUGCAAACGCAGCGACGUAACUGACGUAUACAGUGACGUAAUGACGUGGCUCCCCUUAGCACCCCGAGCUAUGGAAAAGCAAACCGGUUUUCAGCUGGCUCACAAGUUGAACGAGUUGUGAACCAGCACCAGCACUGGCCCCGAACCAGCCCUGGAACUGAUUUGGUGGAAAAGGGGUAUGUGUGGGUUUCCUCCCACAGUCCAAAGAUAUGCAGGUUAGGUUAAUUGGUGGCUCUAAAUUGACUGUGAGUGUGAAUGGUUGUUUGCCACUAUGUGUCAGCCCUGCGAUGAUCUGGCAACUUGUCCAGGGUGUACCCUGCCUCUCACCCAGAGUCAGCUGGGAUAGGCUCCAGCUUGCCUGUGACCCUGUGGCUACAGAUAAUGGAUGGAUAAUUCUUUCUUGUAUAAUUUCCUUGUUAGUUACUAUCACAAGAACUAGAUGUGCAUGGGGCAAGUUCAGAGAACUCCUCCCAGUCCUGACAUGCAGGUGUUUGUCUCCAUCAACCCGUGGGAAAGUGUACAAAAGCUGCGUAAGGAGUGCUAUGCUUUAUGCUAGCGAGUGUUGGCCCCUGAAAAGUUGUGAUCUCGGAAGAUUAGAAAGAAACGAGAGGGCCAUGCUGCGUUGGAUUUUGCACACUAAGCCUGACGAUAGAUCGAGCACAUCUAUCUUGAGAAGGAGGCUCGGUCUGAUGAACCUGGAGUCUACCCUCAGGCGGCGGCGACUUUGCUGGUUUGGCCACGUGCAGCGUAGCAACUCCAUCAUCAAUCGCGCAUGCCACCUCGAAGUCGCCAGGCAUAAACGUUCUGGCAGGCCCCAGAAGUCCUGGCAGGAAUGCGUGAAAAAUGAUCUGAAGGCUGCUGGUCUGUCUGUCAGCGACACCCAAGACAGAGCUCGAUGGCACGCUGCUGUUCUCCAUGCGACGUCCGACCCACUCUGAAGUGGAUAUACGGACGCUAAUUUCCAGAUAGUGAGUGAGUGAGUGAGUGAGUGAGUGAGUGAGUGAUAAUUUCCUUGUUAGACUAAAAUGAUAUUGUGAUGCAAGAUGACUACUACUUCUUCCUCCAAUAUUGAUAUUAGCUGAUUGUGAGUAAAUCAGUAUUUAAUCAGUCUCUUCUUCAGAAAACCAUACCGUGCUGUUGACGUAUCAUCCAGUGAACCUCAGUUUGAUUCUCAGGGAGAUGUAAUUGGGGCCUUUUUUUUGUGGAAAAUACAUCCCACCACUAUUAAGGUUAUUGUAUUUAUUAUUCACUUCCUGUAGUUAUUAGUGUGCUUGACUGGAUUUAAUUGGAUUAUGUUCAUAAAAUGACUGUGUACAGUUAUAGCCUGAUGGAUCACUCAGAUGGAUCGCUAUAAACUUUUUAAAACGACAUUAAAGUGGGAUGACAUGACAGCUGAAUAAAUCAGCAGGAUUUCCCAGCUGCUGCAAUUUAACAUUUUAAUCACUUCAAUCAUUGAGCCCAUUUUAAAGAAAAAAUCAAAUAAUAUCUAAAACAGAAUGAAGUUCUUUACCAGCAAACAGUCAACUUUUAUUUCCAGUUCAUUCAUGCUGAAAUCUACUGCAGUGCACUCAAGCUUGACUUCUCCUGAAGGUUUAUCUCAUGGCUGAGACAGACUAGCUGUGAUUAUUUAUUGUUUAUCUAUUUUCACAAGCAGUGGUGGAGUGAUUAACACUGUCGCCUGACAGCAAGAAGGUUCUGGGUUUGAACCUACUGGUCUUUCUGUGUGGAGUUUGUGUGUUCUCCAGGUGCUCUGGGUUCCUCCCACAGUCCAAACACCUGUAGAUUUGGUCAACUGGCUCCUCUAAACUGCCCAUGAGUGUGAAUGUGAUUGUGAUGGUUGUUCGUCUCUGUGUAAUGACCUGCCCAGGGUGAACCCCAUCUCUCGCUCAAAGUCAGUUGGGAUUGGCUUGAGCUUCCCUGCAACCCCAACAGUGAAGAAGAAUAGAUAAUGGAUGGUUGUAUUCAUGCUUCUGGGCAAUUUAGAGUAGCUACCUGAAUUUAUCUGCAUGUCUUUGGACUGUGGGAAGAAAGCACAACACCUGAAGGAAACCCACACUCCACACAGAAAGACCCCAGUUGGCUUCAAGGUUCAAACCCAGAACCUUCUUGCUGUGAGGCAACAGUGAUAACCACUGCACCACCAUAACACCCUGACUUACACAUACAUGGACACCAAUCAGCCAUAAUAUUAUGACCACUGACAUCUCAUCUCAUUAUCUCUAGCCGCUUUAUCCUUCUACAGGGUCGCAGGCAAGCUGGAGCCUAUCCCAGCUGACUACGGGCGAAAGGCGGGGUACACCCUGGACAAGUCGCCAGGUCAUCACAGGGCUGACCACUGACAUGUGAAGUGAAUAAUGGUGAUUAUCUCAUUACAGUGGCACCUGUUAAG